AUGCUCGACUCCCCCGUUCCGUCGUGUCCGAACAUUGAGCUCACGCCAGCCGAGCGCGCUCGGUACGACCGCAAAGUCGCGUCGUUUCUGUCGGACGCCGUGGCCAACUACUCGUCCCAAAGCGGACGGAUUGACGAAGACGCGUGGAUGCACGUGCGCCGUCGUCAGCAGCUUAGUAUUUACAAGAGCGUCCAGGGGACACGGGAUCCCCAAGUGACGCUCUUCAAAGGCAUUGGCCUCAUCUACGGGCCCGUGCAGGACGUCAUGGACGGCCUCUAUUGCGACACCACCGACGACCUCCGAGCGAGUAAGACGUUGCUCAAGUGCAAGUUAGUGGACGGCAAAAUGGUGAACGUUCUUGAGCGUCGAAGCCACGAGAAUCCGUAUCGCUUUGCCGGCAUCAAGUGGUAUGCGUCCAAAGCCGCGUGGGGACUCUCGAAGCACCGCGACGUGCUCGCGUAUGAACGCAUGGGCACGACCAGAGACGCUCGAGGGAACGUCCUGGCCUACCACGUUGUGCACUCCAUCGACCAUCCCGCGUGGCCAAUCGAUGCGGUCAAGGGCACCAAGCGGGAACACCACGUGACGUGCUUCUUGUACCGAACCUACGACAGUUGUCUCGUCGAGUGCUUCAUCUGGUCCACUGUGUACAACUUGGACUCUGUCGCGCACCGCAUGGCCGAGUACGUUGUUGCUGGUGCGCUCCUCAGUGUCACGGACGCUUGCAACAGCGCACGUGCCAAGAAGUACUCGAUGCUGAUCAAACAGACGCAGAACAGCGAGUGGCCGACCAACUCGAGCUGCCACAUUUGCUACGGCCGGUCCUUCAUGUCCGCCAACCGGCCGUGUGCCGGCUGCUUCCAGAGUGUCUGCAGAGCUUGUUCGGAAUACCGCUUUGUCUUCCGCAUCAACGCCAAGACUGGGCGACCGCAUCAGCAGCGCUUCUGUAAGCUCUGUAUCAACAGUUGUGUCAUGAUUGACUCGCAGAACUUUGAGGUGUCGAUCCAGAAAGGUCCAAGUGAUCUUACAGCCAAAUCGCAUGGGGACGGGGGACCUCAAUCAUCCGUCCAGUGUGAAGCCGAACCGGCGCCGAGUUGCCGCAAUGGUCUCAAGUCGUCGGUAAUGACAACCAAGAGCUCGCAGUCGACCGUUGAAACGUGCUUGACCUCGAAUUACCUCGACUGGGCCAGUGACUGGAGCAGUCAGGACGGCGACGGCGACGACGAUGAGUACCUCCACGAGUGUCUAGCAGCUGGACAAGAUCGCACGAAGACCAAGAGCAAUCACAGGGGCGGAGUGGUCUCGCUGUCGGAUCUAAAUGCAGAGGACAAGUUCUCGCCGUACCCCGCCACUCCGCCGUCGCACAAAUCGCAGUCGGAAAGACGGGAACACCGCGUGCACCAAAAGCAGUCGGCAUUGGCACAGCAGGCGCUGUCGAUAGACAACCAGCAGUCACCACUCCACCUGUACGCAGCGACCCCUACCUGGUCGCAACGACACGAACGACCCGCGCAACUACCGCCUUUCCGAUCGCCCCACAAGUCAUCGGAGAGCAAGCGACCGCAGCAUUCGGCUUGCACGUCGAGCAAUGUCUCGAGCAAGAGCGGCGACGAUGGUGAUGCCAACACGCGGUCAGCAGCGGAUCCUGGUCUUGGUCUGAGUAGGUUCGACCUUGGCAUUGUCGACACUGCCUCUGCCGACGAGUUUGACGAGCUCGGUCUCAGCACGUACUCUGACGACCUCGGUUGCAGCAUGUUCUCGGACGCUGGCGACCGUCCGCAGAGCAGACGACACCCGAGGUAUGGCCGAACGAGUCAUUUGGACAAGGAUGGGUUCCUGUCGGACUUGUACUCGUUGUCGCGCUCGAGGAUCCACGGUCAGCACUAUUAA